AUGAACUUGUGUCUCUUCUUCCUGACGGUGGGGUGCCUGGUGACCCCCUGCAUGGCACAAGGACUUUCCUGGCUCUUCAGACGCCUCCAUAAAGCAGGUCGCCAUAACAUCCGCGACAUCAGUGGCGGCCGUCACAACUCCCAUCAACUGACGACAGAUCAACCCUUCGACUUCUACAAACACUUGCGUCUGUGCACCAACGAUCGCGUGUGUGGGCGCGGCCAGUUCUGCGACCAGCACUACGGCGUGUGUCGGGACCACGUGACGGAGGGACACGAGUGUCGUCGGGACGCCAUGUGUGAGGGCGGAUACGCCUGCAUGUUCGGCCUGUGCCAAAAGCGCAUCAAGCGUGGGCGUGAGGGCGCCAGGUGCCGCAAGGAGCGGGAUUGUGGAGCAGGGAUGUGCUGCGCCCGUCGCCAUGGAGAGCAGGUGUGUCAGCGGCGUGUGCCGUUGGGCCACAAGUGCUACGUCCCUGAGGGCGGCCUCGACUACUCCAUGAACCAGCUUUGUCCGUGCGAGAGCGGCCUUGUGUGCAAAUACACGGCUCAACAGCCUCCUUCCAGGCACCAGCUCAUGGCCCUCAUGUCGGCGCACGAGGACAUGCGGUGCGCAGCGCCUCGCACCGCGUCGACUGACAUGAAAGGAGUCGAUUGUGUUUCACUAUGUUUAUCCCAGAUGAAAUUCUAG